AUGAAAGCCCAGCACACACCCGGCUACUCCAGCCUCGUCUCCUCCACACCCCCAAAACCCUCCCGGCGGCGGCGGCUACCACCUCUCCACCAGCAGAAGCUCCCGGUGCUCUCCGCCGGCGGCGCCAUAAGGAGGAUACAGGAAGCAGUUCGCUCGGAUGGACAGCGGAAGCGACUCCGACGGCGCCCCCGAGGAGCUCACCGCCGUCCAGGGUGUUGAGAAGCACGAACAGAUCACUGAAGUUGAGAAGGAUAGUGUCAUCAGAGCAACACGGGAGGGAAAGGAGCGGAGGAAACGGUGGGCUCAACGAAGAACAUCCUCUAAACCAGAUAAGCCGGCGCCACAGGAAGUAAAAGAUGAAGAUACCAAACAGAAUGAGGGGAAUGAGGAGACAUAUACUAUGCCUGGCAUGCUCCCCAAUAGUGUAAUUGAAAUGCUUGCAGCACGUGAGAAGCAUACCUUCUCGUCAGACUCUGAGGAAGAAAAUGUGAAGCAGAAGGUUCAAAAAAGGAAGAAGAUAUCCAAAACUUCUGGGCCCAAGACAAUUCUGUUGAAAGAUGUUUGGUCGACACAACAUGUGAAGAAUGCCCUUGAUUUCUUGGAGCAAAGGAAAAACAAGGUGCCAAGAUCCAAUGCAGUUUUGAAGAAUGCUAAUAAGGCUUUGCGUCUCCUUUCAUCCAAGGGCAAUUUUCUGAGUUAAAGAGUGUGGCAGAAUGAGGCAUUUUCUGGAUUCGUGUUUAGACUGUCAUAGCAACGACUGAUAUGUUCAAGGGGUCGAUCAUUUGAUGGCUUUGAAAGGAAUGAAUUUUGCAUGCGAAAUGCAGCACAGCAUAGCCUUGGGCGUUAAAAUGUAUAACAAUUCGUACGCAUGUUCCUUGUACGAAAUCAAAGGUCUGUACGUACGGUUGACUGUGUUCAAGUUUUAGUUAUGUAUUUGUAAGGCUCUUAUGCUGCAAGUUUGAAAAGAAAAUUCAGAAGGAUUUCUAAAUUUUGAGAUCAACGUGACACCUGGCAGAGCUAGGAUCCCGUUGUCACAUGCCUGCUGUGUUGUCGUACUGUAUACUUUGUCUGUUAUUACCAUUCCUAUGAAAUUGUUUUACCAGAAA